CUUCCAAUCGUCGACCUCGGGAGAGAGAGAUCUCCGGUGCAACGACUGGCUUCCGGUCUAAUCGAUCUCACCCUUAGCAAUGAUGGCCUCGUGAGGUCUGCGAAAGUGCUAACACCAAAUGGCAACGUUUUACAAAGACCUCUAAAUAAAUUAUAUCCACUGGAAAUACGUGCAGUCGACAAGGACGCGACAGAAGCACCAAAAGAAUGUACUCCGCGCGAACUAGGGCAAUUACGCACUGUUCUACCGAGAGCUUCAAAAGCUAGAGCGUACGAGGUUAUAAAUGAAUUUGAAGAUAGCUUACAAGAGCCAAAUUCUUCACAAUUUACAUUAAGGGUCGAGCCGAUUCAAGAGUCGCUCAAUAACCAAACGUCACGCUCGCGGCAACAAAAAAGUACGUUCCCGUCACUAACAAGUGGUAAUCUGAAAAUGGGACUUACAAUUCUAGCAAUUCUAGCUUUAGCAGUGCCAUCCUAUGCAAAUUAUCCAAGUUGCCAUAAUGGUAUAGUGGAAAUUGCUGGGAAAACGCACCCAUACGAGCUAUGCUUCAACGAAGAUUGUCGCAAGUUUGUAGGCGAUGGCAUAGCUAUGACUUAUGAGCUGCCUAUCUCGCCGCUUCAUAAUGCAACCAACGUUACCAUCAACUACAUCAACAAUGAAGGGCCAAUGCGGCUAUUUGUAAAGGUGCAGCAGCCUGCCAACAUGGCUUUACAAGGCAUGCGACUGAUAUCAUCUGUAACCAGGAUGGAAUUUGCAGCUACGAAUUCAGCACGGAGUUUCUAUUCAAUAGAAUACAAACGUGCACUGUAUAGAGAUCCGUUAACGAAUAAAACAGUUGGGUUUCUGAAGAACUGGGUACCUAGCGUGCAGGUUGAGUUGGAAACAACUCUGUUCGGAAAGACCCAAAAAGGAAGUCUUUUCUUAGAGCCGUACCUCACUUCAAAGUUCUACACUUUCAACGUAACAGCUAUGUCAGUGCAGAAACCAACGUUGUCUUUGCUUGGCAAGAGGUUCGCUAUAUCACAAAAUAGAUCCAUGAUCUUACCGGACCAGUUCGUGGUACCGGUCGAAUGUGCAACCCUCGAAGAGACAACAAUGAAUUUCCAGAAUUGCGUCAAUAAGAUUAUCUGUGACUGUAACACCGCUGACGUUGAGUCAAUCGUUACAGUACAAUCCAGAUUUCUUAUGGAAACCGUCAACUUUGUCGACGAUGAGAAAUGCAAAGUGGAGCUAAGUUCGUUGACAGGAUGCUAUAACUGCAUUCAAGGAGCACAAAUCACUGCUCUCUGUGAAACGAAAAAUCCCACGGAAGUUGCCGUGCACUGCGCGCACAACACAUUCGUCAUAGAAUGUGGUCCAACGAAUCCGCAAAACGUAGUUAAACUCAGCUACGAUCAUGCAGUAGUCAACCAGCACUGCUUCAGCGUAUGCGGUAACGAAAAUGUUACUCUACCGCUCAAUGGUACCCUUUUAUAUCAUGCUGAAAGGCACCAAUCAGUAUUUGAUUUCAACCAGGAGUUGAAACAUAAACAAAAUUUCAUGGCGUCGAUAGCAGACAUCAAAAUACCGGACCUAAGUCCACUACUAAAUACCAUACGAGCUCAUUGGAAGCUUGCAAUGGUUGCCGCUACAUCCGUUAUGGUUAGCAGGCUUAUCUUAACCUUUGGUCCGUUAUUC